AUGUCUGUCCUCCGCAACAUCAAGAACCUUGCUCCCCUCCUCGACCGCGUCCUGGUCCAGCGCAUCAAGCCCGAGGCCAAGACUGCCUCCGGCAUCUUCCUCCCUGAGAGCAGUGUCAAGGAGCAGAACGAGGCUAAGGUCCUCGCCGUUGGCCCCGGUGCCUUCGACAAGGACGGCAAGCGCCUCCCCCAUGGGCAAUUUAUUCUACAGUUCGGCGGCAGCGCCAUCAAGGUCGGCGAGGAGGAGUACAGCCUCUUCCGCGACUCCGAGAUCCUGGCCAAGAUCAACGAGUAA